UCCGAGAGGAGAGCAGCGGACGGAUACAAUGGGAGCGUCCGUGUACGAGCAGCGCUUCGGUUAGCACGACGAGAGGGAAAAAAAAGAGACAAACACGCACAUUGAAAUUUGAAAAUACUGUCUAAAUACAGUCCGAUCUUUGACAGUGGCCCUGAGUCCCGCCUGAGCGGCCAUGGAGAACGUGGACGGGUCCAAGGGCAGCGCGGGUGGCAGAGACCUUUCCGACGCCCAGCGCCGGAGACACCUGGGCCGGCUGGACCGGGAGGAGGCCUUCUAUCACUUUGUCAACAACUUAAGUGAGGAAGACUACCGCCUGAUGAGAGAUAACAAUCUUUUUGGAACACCAGGUGAGAUAACGGAGGAGGAGCUGCUGCGUCGCCUGCGGCAAGCUAAGGAUGGACCUUUACAGCCAGACAUCCAUGAAAAUAGUGGGUCAGACAGCCAAGAGGAUGGUUCAGAUGGUGACUCUUCUCUUCUGGGUUGGCUUAACUCCAUGAGACAGACUGCAAAUACAGCACGGAGUGGUUAUCAGGGUAACCAAUCAUGGAGGGCUGUGAGUCGGACCAACCCAAGCAGCGGUGUCAUCCGCUUCAGCCUAGAGAUCAACGUAAACCGCAACACACAGCAGCAGGCUGAUGCAGGAGAGCAGCAAGGAAGGGAAGGGGCGAUGGAAGUGCCCUCUAGUGAGCCAGAGAUGUUAAUGGAAGAAUCAAGUGACUCGUCUGCGUCAUCUGUAACCGAGGCGGCGACUCCCACAGAGGAGAUGCUGUUUGAAAGGCUGCUGCGUGGAGGGCGAAGGCGAGCCAGGAGCCGCAGUCCAGAGCAGAGCUGGACAAGGCCACGUAGAGAUGGAAGUCCCUCUUCCCUGACAUUGAAUCAGACAGAGGGACUGCCCCAGGCCCGCCAUGAGCAUGCCUUUCCCAGACUUGACCCCCGCCUAGAAGCUGGGGAUCAUGCCCAGUUCAGGACCCAGGAGCAGCUUAGAUUCAGACACAGCUCUGUGGAGCCCGAGGUUCUCCUCGGAGUGGUACCAGAACCUGUCCCUGCCCCUCAAAUGACAGAUGACCCAGGGGCGCAGGUUGAGGAAAAUGACACAUCUGGCCAGCGACCACCCACCAUCAUGCUUGACUUGCAGGUGCGCCGGGUGCCAGCGGGAGAGCCCAGGCAGCAGGAUGGCAUCGCUAGCCGCACCCGCUCUCGAUAUCAGGCCUCUGAUGCCUCACCACACGAGAGCAAUCACACUGACUUUCAGCAUGCCUUCUCGCGCUCGGAUCAAGCAGGGGUUCGCACCUAUGUUAGCACCAUCCGUAUCCCUAUCCGACGUGUUGCUGACACCAGCCAAAGUGAAAGUACUUCCAUAGAAACAACAGUCCAGCAGAUGCUAAUGGGUUUUGGUGAGCUCAGCUAUUUAAUGGACUCUGUGGACCCUGACUCCAGGCAAUCAGCUGGUCCAUCCAGAAGCCCUAGUAUGGUAACUUCUGCCUCAGCAAGUGAUGUUGUUGCUGCGAUGUCAGCUGCUUCUGGCAGGGGUUCUAGACCUGAAGAGCCGCAGACACAGGACAGAGAGAGAGAGGUCACCCCAGUAGCCCCUGCCACCAGUGGGCCCCGGGAACCUAUCAGCUCUCUUCCCUUCCUGCGACUAGCCCAUUUCUUUCUGCUCAGUGGUGACAUCGAGGAGCAGCCUAGAGGACUCACUAAGGAGCAGAUUGACAACCUUUCCAUGCGCAACUAUGGGGACAGUGAUGCUCUGAAAACCUGCAGUGUGUGUAUCAUGGAGUACUCUCAAGGCAACAAACUGCGCAAGUUGCCCUGUUCCCAUGAGUACCAUGUCCACUGCAUUGACCGCUGGCUGUCUGAGAACUCCACCUGCCCUGUUUGUCGCAGAGCUGUUCUUGGGUCAAGCAACCGAGAGAAUGUGGUUUAACCAGUCUAAGUAAUCAUGGUAGCGUUGGCCACAGUAGCCCUCCAAGGAAAGA